UCCUUUGUUGUGUAACUGAAGCCCCUGUAGCGGACCUGGCUACGCGACACCCGUCACCUGAGGUGGACAAGGCACUCUGCAGAAACGAAAACGAUCGAGAAGAUGAUGGCAAAGAUACUGGAGGUGCUCAUUGCGACGGAUGCUGAGCUUGCGAUGUCGGCGUCAAAGUACAUCGGGUGGUGUGUGAGCCUUUUGCUGGUGUUUCGGCUCUCGUACUGGGCAUCGGACGUGUUUCCAUGGGCGGGCCUCUCGCCGCGGUACGCCACGCUGUCAAAGUUGGACAAGAUCGAGUGGCACUCGCGGGUGGUGUCGAACAUCAACGCGGCGGUGUGUGUCAUCGGCGCCGGCUACGGGCUGGCGUGGAUGAUGUGGGAGUCUGUGGCGGAUGUGCCUGGCGGGUGGUAUCGCAUCUCGCCGCCGCUGCUGGUCAUGACCUACGGCGGGCUCUGCGGGUACCUCAUCCAUGAUCUGCAUCUCAUUCUCACGACGCCGUCGUUGUACUCGCUUGGCAUGAUGGCGCACCAUGUGAUCGGCAUUUGUGGCUCGGCGUAUGCCUGGUGGUCGGGACUGGCUGGCGGCGCGUGCGUCUUCUUCCUCCUCACCGAGGCCACCACGCCGCUCAUCAACGCGCGCUGGUUCCUUACCAAGACUGGAGCGCGCAACUCGAGUCUCUACACGCUCAACGGCGUGGCCAUUUUUGUGGCGUGGACCUUCCUCCGCGCCUCGAUGGUCGUUAUUGCACCGAUUGUCUUCUACCGCGACUGGCAUCACUUUGGCCACGACUACCCGACCAACAUCAUUAUCAUCGGCACAACUGUCGCCGUCGGCUCGCUCAAUCUCUACUGGUACUACCUCAUUGUCCGCGGCCUCCUCAAGCUUCUUGGUCUCCGUGGCUCGGCCUCGAGCACCGCGUCGGCCAAGCGGCGCGAUUGAACAACUGCGUGC